CUUCUGAGCCUGGCACUGCUGGUAUGUGGCGUCAUCGUGGUCGCUGGCAAAGACAUCUACAACUCUCUGCUGGACAAGUUAGAAGACGAGCUCCAGGCUUCGCUUACCAGUGCAGGUGUGACGGUGGACACAAGUAACCUGUCUUUCAGCGACUUCAUGCUCCCCCUGGCCUAUGCUAUCAUCGCCUUAGGUGUCCUCAUGGGAGCUCUUUCGCUACUGGGCUGUAUUGGCGGCUGUUAUACCAUCAAGAUCGUGCUUGUUGUGUACGCCAUCGUUACCCUUGCCUUGUUCCUGGUUCAGCUGGUCAUUGUCAUCCUUAUCUAUGCUGAUAAAUCGGCGUUCAUUUUAAUCUUCUUCACCAUCUGGAUCCUUUGUACCAUGGACAACAAAAUCGACAUCAUUUAGAGCUUAGACACGAGGUAGAUUUCUACAGAGAGCCGAGUGGUCUCAAGUUGAUCUGUGAUGCCCGAAUACAUUCCUACUUGUGUAC